UCAAAUGCAACAAUGAAUAAAGUCAGCGGACAAUCAAGCCGUAUCCUGAUGGACAUACCAUGCAAGGUGUGCCAGGAUCAUUCUUCCGGGAAACACUACGGCAUCUACGCCUGUGACGGGUGUGCUGGAUUUUUCAAACGCUCCAUCCGUCGAAACCGGCAGUACAUCUGCAAGUCACGUGGUCAGGCGAGCUGCCCUGUAGAUAAGACCCACCGGAACCAGUGCCGCGCCUGCCGCCUUCAGAAGUGUUCCGACGCUGGCAUGAACAAAGAUGCGGUCCAGCACGAGCGGGGACCUCGAAACUCCACCAUCCGCCGCCAGGUGGCCAUGUACCUCAAAGAGACUAGCGAGCUAAACUCUCUCUACGGUGCCGGCCCCUUCCCCUCCCCCUACAUGCCGGGGUUUUACACAUUUGAGCGUCUCAAUGACGGCAUCACCGUCAGCGCCAUUGACCCUCCGACGUCGCCGCUCAGCCCAAUGGCGUCACCCCUGACGCCACCAACUCCGCCAUCACCCGGCAUCAUUUGCCAACCAACGCCCAAGUACCCCCACCAGUUGAUACAGUCCUACUUCAGUAACCCGGAAGCAGUCUGCGAGGCGGCAGCGCGGCUCCUCUUCAUGAGCAUAAAGUGGACGAAGAACGUGCCGGCGUUCCUUAACCUCCCCUUCCGGGAUCAGGUGACCCUCCUCGAGGAGGCGUGGCGUGAACUGUUCGUACUGGGAGCCGCCCAGUUCCAGAUGCCCCUCGAUGCUACUGCCCUUAUAAACGCUGCUGGCCUAAACAGCGAGUCUCAAUCUGAGAAAGUGGCUAACAUUCACGCGGAGAUCCGGGCACUCCAGGAGAUUAUCGCCAAGUUCAAGGCCAUUCAGGUGGAUGCCACGGAAUACGCCUGUCUCAAGGGAAUCGUGCUUUUUAAAACAGUGCUACAGUCGGGAGGUAACGGCGAGGUGCGGACUCUGCGCGAUUUCCACACGGUGGCGUCCCUCCAGGACCAAGCUCAGAUGACCUUGUCCAAGUACAUCCAGACCUCCUAUCCCACCCAGCCUUUUCGGUUCGGUAAGCUGCUGCUGCUGCUCCCCACCCUCCGCUCCAUCACCGGAGGUACCAUUGAGGAGCUUUUCUUCCGGAAAACCAUCGGUAGCAUCCCGAUUGAGCGGCUAUUAAUUGACAUGUUUAAAAGUAACGACUUUUGA